AUGCACGUGUUGGACGGUUCUACUGCCCCGCCUACCUCUGGGCUAGCCUCUACAAAAAGCCCAGAGGUUUACCAGAGAGGUGUAAGGGGGAUUGAGCAGCUGAACAACCCAGCUGAGAGAGAAGGAAGUGUCCGCAGUGGUGAGGACAGUAACAGCAGGGAGGAACCGCUGCUUUUUACCAGUCUAGCAGUUGCCUUGGCCAGAUUCGCAAGUCCGGUAACUCCGGAGGGAAGAAAAUCAGCCCAGGCCAUCUUCUACCUCGAGGUCUUCGACCAGUCCAAGCCGCGCUACCAUCCAUCUCCCAGACGCCAGCCUCUGUCUACUAGCCAGCGGCUUCUAAUGGCUGAAACUCCAGAGAAAGGCACAUCAGCUCCUGCAGCGUUUUGCCGAGAGCUUCGUUUCUCCUCAACGUUCCCAAAGCUGACUGAGGAGCAGCUGCAGAAUUUCAGAGUGUCCAAGAUCUGCCACAGGAACAAGGACAAAUUAAUCUCUCUAGAUUUUAGCAACGAUGGUGAGCAUGUCGUUGCGUGCUGCGCGGAUAACACACUCCUUAUAUAUAACUGCCAACAGGGCAUGGCCACAGGAGAACUGUCCCUCAGCCAAUACGGAGGGGACAUCAUCAGAUGGGGGCAUGACUCAGACACUGUAAUACACAGCUCCAAAAUUUUUGACUAUAACAUCUGUUACUUGGCUUUGCAGGAGGCUAAAUACAUCACACUUUUAAAGGGACAUCAACAGAAAGUGCUAUCCUUGUCCUUGUCAUCACAAAACUACCUAAUCUCAGGAUCUCUAGAUCAAAGCAUUAGACUUUGGGAUUUGAGGUUUUCUGACUGCAUAAACAUUAAGUCUUUCCAGGGGGAGACAGUUUGUACUUUUCACCCAGAAGGGACACUGAUUGCUACUGGCAUCGGCUCUAAAAAGGUUGUGUUUCAUGAUAUUCGUUUUGCCAGUAGGCCAUUGAACACCUUCUGGAUUGGACGUUAUGGUAAUUGGGGAGGCCUGAAAUUCAGCAACGAUGGCAAAUUGCUCCUUAUAUCUACCAAUAGCAGUUGUAGCUACUUAACUGACCCAGAGCAACAGACUGUCUUCCAUACGUUUGAAGGUUAUGAUAACACCAAUGCCUUCCCACUAGAAGCCUCUUUCACUCCAGAUUCUGAGUUUAUUAUUAUUGGCUCUGAGGACGGCAAAGUGCACAUCUGGAAUGCAGAAAGUGGUAGGAAAGUAGUUGUGUUAAAUGAGGAAAAAGUUGAUUCUAUUACCUGUUUGCAAUUCAAUCCCAAAUUAAUGUCCUUUGUUAGUGCAAAUACCAACAUGGCAUUCUGGGAACCAAGAAUCGAUAACUAAUCUUCCUUUAGACCAGAGUAUACAUGUUGAAGUAGGGAUAAAAUGAGCAAGAAAGGAACUCAUUAUUUUUGAAUUCUGUGUUCUUGGAAUGAUACAAUUUUCCACAAAGCCCUUUC